CCGCCGCCGGCCCGCAGCGGGCGCCGCCCGGGCCCAGCCAUGUCGUGCGUGCACUACAAGUUCUCGUCCAAGCUCAACUAUGACACGGUCACCUUCGACGGUCUCCACAUCUCCCUGUGCGACCUCAAGCGCCAGAUCAUGGCCCGCGAGAAGCUGAAGGCGGCCGACUGCGACCUGCAGAUCACCAACGCCCAGACCAAAGAAGAAUACACAGACGAUAAUGCCCUGAUUCCUAAGAACUCGUCAGUAAUUGUUAGAAGAAUCCCUAUUGGAGGAGUUAAAGCUACCAGCAAAACAUACGUUAUGACUCCUAAAUCGCACAAAAUCCUAGAAACUGCUUUCAGAAGUCGAACUGAACCAGUGAGUGGAACAUCAAAAGCAAUUGAUGACUCUUCUGCAUCUAUUUCUCUGGCCCAGCUUACUAAGACUGCCAAUCUGGCUGAAGCCAAUGCUUCCGAAGAAGAUAAAAUAAAAGCUAUGAUGUCACAGUCUGGCCAUGAAUAUGAUCCAAUCAAUUACAUGAAGAAACCCUUGGGUCCACCUCCACCAUCAUACACUUGCUUUCGUUGCGGAAAACCUGGCCACUAUAUCAAGAACUGCCCAACAAAUGGGGACAAAAAUUUUGAGUCUGUUCCCAGGAUUAAAAAGAGCACAGGAAUUCCCAGAAGUUUCAUGAUGGAAGUGAAAGAUCCUAACACAAAGGGUGCUAUGCUAACAAACACUGGAAAAUAUGCAAUACCAACAAUUGAUGCGGAAGCUUAUGCUAUAGGAAAGAAAGAGAAGCCUCCUUUCUUGCCAGAGGACCCAUCUUCCUCCUCUGAAGAAGAUGAUCCUAUUCCAGAUGAGUUGUUGUGUCUGAUUUGUAAAGAUAUAAUGACAGAUGCGGUUGUUAUUCCCUGCUGUGGAAACAGUUACUGUGAUGAAUGUAUCAGAACAGCAUUACUGGAAUCUGAGGAACAUACGUGCCCGACAUGUCAUCAAACAGAUGUGUCUCCUGAUGCUUUAAUUGCCAACAAGUUCUUACGCCAGGCUGUGAACAACUUCAAAAAUGAAACUGGCUACACAAAAAGACUCCGAAAGAUUCAGCAGCAACAACAGCAGCAGCCACCACCACCACCACCUCCACCACCACUAAUGAGGCAAACAAUAACACGCAACCUGCAGCCUCUAAUGAGGCCAACAAUUUCCAGACAGCAAGAUCCACUAAUGAUUCCAUUAGCUUCUCUGUCUUCUCAUUCUGCUGCCUUGGCCCCUGGUCAGCCUGUGGCAGCUGCGCUGCCAGUAAAUCCGUCUUCUGUCAUUGUCUCUGAUCUCCCUCCAGCAGUGUCCCUGUCUCUCCGCGGUGAAAAGCCAGAUGGACCUUUUCUGGUUUUUUUCUGUAGUGAUGCAGAUGCUGUUAUACCUCCUGCUCUGAUGACUGCCGCUGAGCUUUCCAAAUCUUCCCCUCUGUCAAUCAGCAGUUUGUUGGAAGAAAAGGGCUAUCAGGUUCCUGUGCUAAGACAACCAGCAUUACAAAGUCUUCUGGGCCCACAAGGACAAUCAAUACCCACAACUGGUCAUCCCAUGAGAGCUGGUACAAUUCGCUCGGCAGGCGGCAGGCCAGGUUGGGAACUAAGUUCAAAUCGAGGACGCCCGCAUAGUGAACGUACACAAAGGACUCAGGCCCCAACACUGCCAGCAUCAGCACCAGUCUUUGUGCCUGUGCCUCCACCUCCCUUGUAUCCUCCACCUCCCCAUGCACUUCCUCUUCCACCGGGGGUACCACCACCACAGUUUCCUCCUCAGUUUCCACCUGGUCAGCCUCCAUCAGCUGGGUACACUGUCCCCCCUCCAGGAUAUCCCCCAGCUCCUGCAAACAUGUCAUCAGCUUGGGUACCAACAGCAGUACCAACGGCUCAUUCAAAUACCAUCCCAACGACACAAGCACCUCCUUUAUCUAGGGAGGAGUUUUACAGAGAACAACGGAGACUUAAAGAGGAGGAAAAGAAAAAGUCCAAACUUGAUGAGUUUACAAAUGAUUUUGCUAAGGAAUUGAUGGAAUAUAAAAAGAUUCAAAAGGAGCGUAGGCGUUCGUUUUCCAGGUCCAAGUCUCCCUAUAGUGCUUCAUCUUACUCUAGAAGUUCAUAUACCUACUCCAAGUCAAGAUCAGGUUCUUCCCGCUCCCGCUCCUACUCUCGAUCAUUUAGUCGUUCCCAUUCUCGUUCCUACUCGCGAUCUCCUCCGUAUCAAAGAAGAGGCAAAGGGAAGAGUCGUAACUACCGUUCUAGGUCAAGGUCACAUGGUUAUCACCGUUCGAGGUCAAGGUCACCCCCAUACAGAAGAUACCAUUCUCGGUCAAGGUCUCCAGUAUUUAGAGGCCAGUCUCCCACUAAACGGACUAUACCUCAAGGGGAAGGAGAGAGGGAGUAUUUUAACAGAUACAGAGAAGUUCCACCAUAUGAUAUAAAAGCUUACUACGGCAGAUCUGUUGACUUUAGAGAUCCUUUUGAAAAGGAAAGAUACAGAGAAUGGGAAAGGAACUAUAGAGAAUGGUAUGAAAAGUUCUACAAGGGCUAUGCUGUCGGUGCUCAACCUCGACCUCCAGUAAAUAGAGAGAACUUUUCUCCAGAUAGGUUUGGUCCACCUGGAACCAGACGAGAGAAUUCACCAUAUGCUCGGGGACGUAGGGAGGAUUAUGCUGGUGGGCAGAGCCAUAGAAAUCGUAACAUAGCUGGAAAUUACCCUGAAAAACUUUCUGGAAGAGAGAGCCAUGGUAUAAAAGAUCCUACGAAAUCAAAAGAGAAGGAGGUUGAAAAUCCACUGGGAGAUGGCAAAGGAAAUAAACAUAAAAAACACCGGAAGAGGAGAAAAGGGGAUGAGAAUGAAGGAUUUCCCCCUGCUGAGUUGUUAGACAGUGCAAGAAAACCAAGAGAACCAGGUACAGCAGAAGAUGUUAAAACAGACUCUCUGUUCAUGCUCCCAAGUAGAGAUGAUGCCACACCUGUGAGAGAUGAACCUAUGGAAGCAGAUUCUAUUGCUUUCAAACCAGUGUCUGAAAAGGAGAAAAAAGAGAAGGAUAAGCCAAAAGCAAAAGUUGACAAGGCAAAACGGAAAGCAGAAGUGGCUGCUCCUCCUAAAAAAGACAAUAUAAUAAAACCAGCUAAAGCUUCCCAAGAGAAGGUGGACACCGAUCGUGAAAAAUCCCCUCGAAUGGAACCUCCUGUGAAAAAAGUGAAGGAAGAGUUGCCAAAGGCAGACAGUGUUAAAACGUCUUCCUCUCAAAAGGAUGAGAAGGGUACUGGUACACCACGGAAAGUUCAUCCAAAAGUGACAAAGGAUCACCCAGAAACCAGACCAGCCAAGGAAGAAAAGACAAAGAAGGAGCAUACAAAAGAAAUCAAGUCAGAGAAACCCUCCAACAAAGAGGACAAGUCAAAGAAAACUGUUGAAAAAGGCAAACCUUCUGAUGCAAAAGCUGAAAAAAGAAAAAGAAAAGCAGAUGAAAAGGUGGAUAAAGAACACGAAGCAACUUCGGUAAAGGCCUCUAAACCAGAAAGUGCUGAAUCAAAAACAUCACCAAAGGGAAAAACUGAACCUGAUGGUGAAAAAGGAGAGAGAACUCCAGAAAAGGAUAAAUCUGCUUUUCUUACCACUCCUGCAAAAAAGAUUAAACUUAACCGAGAAACUGGCAAAAAGAUUGUGAGUGGAGAAAAUGUGCCACCUGUGAAAGAACCUGCUGAGAAAGCUGAGCCAAGCAGCAGCAAAGUUAAACAAGAAAAAGUGAAAGGAAAAGCGAGAAGAAAAGUAACAGCAGCUGAUGGAUCUGGUUCAACUCUUGUAGAUUAUACCAGCACAAGUUCUACUGGAGGAAGCCCUGUUAGAAAGUCUGAAGAGAAGCCGGAUACAAAACGAACUGUCAUCAAGACAAUGGAGGAGUAUAAUAAUGAUAUAACUGCCCCUGCUGAAGAUGUCAUUAUUAUGAUCCAGGUUCCUCAGUCAAAGUGGGAUAAGGACGACUUUGAGUCUGAAGAGGAAGACAUUAAAUCUACCCAGCCACCUUCAAACAUAGGAAAACCUGCUAGUGUUGUAAAAAAUGUGAGUAGUAAGCCUCCAAAUCCUGUAAAACACAACGAAAAAGAGACUGAGCCUUUGGAGAAACCACCGAAAACUACAAAAGAGUUGAGUUAUGAAAGCUCUCAGCAUGAUGCAAAAAGUUCAAAAAGUUUGAUGUCAAAUGAAAAAGGGAAAACCAAAGAGCGAGAUCAUUCUCUGUCAGACAAGGAUGCUUCUGAGAAGAGAAAGAGCAGUGUUCAGUCAGAAAAAGACCACUCAGAACGUGCAACUGAACAAGGAAAUGGAAAAAAUGUUUCUCAAUCUUCCAAAGACGGUAGAUCUUCAGACAAACAUGAUUCUGGCCGUGGAUCCACUGCUAAAGACUUUACUCCUAACCGAGACAAAAAAUCUGACCAUGAUAGCAACAGAGAGCAUUCUAGCUCCAAGCGUAGAGAUGAAAAAAGUGAAUUAGCAAGGAGAAAAGACUCCCCUUCUCGAAACAGAGAAGGACAAAAAAGUAAGCCAAGAGAUGAACGAGCAGAGUCCUCCAAAAAGGGCGCUGGAGAUUCCAAAAGGAGCAGCUACAGUCCUCCGCGUGACCGAAAGCAGUCAGAUCACAAAACUACUCAUGAUUCCAAGCGUUCAUUAGAGGAGCACAAACCUCUAGAUAAAAAUUCAGGGAAGGAGAAGGAGAAAGAAAAGGAAAAGGAGAAGGAGAAAGAAAAGGAAAAAGAAAAGGAGAAGGAAAAGGAGAAAGAGAAAGAAAAGGAGAAGGAAAAGGAGAAAGAAAAGGAGAAGGAGGAGAAAGAAAAGGAGAAGGACAAGCACAUGUCUGAAAUAAAGAGCAAUAAAGAAAAAGAGUUGGGUUGCAAUAAGCCACCUUUGAGACAAGAAUCACCAGAUGCAAAAAAUGAGAAAGAAAACAUGACUGGACAAAACGAUAAAACUGGUGUCAAGCCUAAACCUCAGGUAAGCAACCCCUCACGGCUGUCUUCUGAUCCAACUCGAGAAACCGAUGAGGCUGCAUUUGUGCCAGACUACAAUGAAAGUGACAGUGAAAGUAAUGUAUCUGCAAAAGAUGAGGAAACUGUAGGAAAAAAUUCUAAAGAACCGAAGGAAAAAGCCGUUGAUAAGGUUAAAGAGGAUACAGCAGCACCUGCCACAGUUGACCAGCCUGAAGCAGGCAGAAGUCAAAGUCAAAGCAGCCCCAGCGUUAGCCGCAGUCGUAGUCAAAGCCCUUCUGAGAGUCAAACUCGAAGCCACAGCAGCAGUGCCAGCUCAGGAGAGAGUCAAGACAGCAAGAAAAAGAAAAAGAAGAAAGAGAAGAAGAAGCACAAGAAACACAAAAAACAUAAGAAGCAUAAGAAACACACUGGAAAUGAAUCAGAAUUGGAGAAAAGCCAAAAACACAAACACAAGAAGAAAAAAUCAAAGAAGAGCAAAGAUAAAGAGAAAGAUGACCAAAAAGUUAAAUCUGUCACUAUAUAGGAUGACAGAUAAGAAAAAAUUGACUUAAUUCCUAAGUCAUCUGUAUUAAAUUUUGUUAAAAUGUAAACGAAUUCAAGCGUUGUAAAUAAUGACAUGAAAGACCCUGUGCUGCACUUAAAAUAUUGCUGCUUGAUUAUUUGAUUUUUACAUCAGAGCUUUAUAAAAGUGAACAUUUUGUACAGAAUUGUGAGUUGUGACCAUAUAACAUGAAAGGUUUUGCUGGGGCAUCUUAUUUUUAACCACCAUUAAUUAGUUUGGGUGGAGUUUACUGUACUGUGAAAAUUUUCACAUUUGAAUUUUUUUUUAAUUGCCUGGCGGAAGAAGCUGGUAUCAGUUAUGAAAUAUCUGCAGAAUGAUUUGCAGAAUACAUUACAGCCCUGUUAUGUCACUUUUUGAUUACAAUAAAAAGUUUUCAGUAAACUUUAUUCCAUGUGAUGAGAUUUCCAGUGACAGCUGAACACAAGCAGAGAAACGAGUGUCAAAAAAAAAUGUACUGGUAGCUUGCUGAUAACUAAUGUAUGAAAUGUAAUGUAUCGGGGGUUAACGUUGAAUAGACUGGUAGAACUUGAAAUCGUUUGAACUGAUACAAUGUGGGGAGGUGUUUGCCAAGAGGUGCCCUUUUCCAUGUGCCCACUGGAUUUGUUUUUACAUUUCAAAAAGUGUAUGGCCCAGAAAUACAGCCACUGUUAACAUCUGGUA